AAAAAUAAUACAUAUAUCCACAUUUUCUUCUUUGGAAGGUUAAACAAUGCCAGUGAACAGCUACAGAUGCAACAAAAAUUAUUAAUGCACCAGUCUCUAUUAAAUGGUAAUCAAAUGACAAUUGUUGAUACUAGUAAUAAUAGUAAUAUUGAGGGAAAUCGUGUUGUUUGUGGUCAAACAAUUCAAUUUAAUCCAAAUCCCCAAAUAAACGAACAAAUAGGGCAAAAUAUCUCUUGGCAAGUAAAUACCUCUUCUAAUGGAGCAAAUACUCCACAAGGGUUAAUAUUAUUGCAACAAACUGGAGGAGGAGGGGAAUUACCCCAACAAAUUGUUGGAAUUGGUCAAAUAAUUGGAGGAAAUGGAGGAAUAAUAAAUACUGGGGAUAAUGACAAUACAGGCCAAAUAAGUUAUGGAAGAGCGGAUAGUACACUUGGAGGGAUUGGGGUAAAUUGUGGAAAAAUAAAUGAAAUUGAAGGAGGAGGGAGUGGUGGAGUUAAUAUUAUAAUGAGUGAAAAUCCUUCUGGAAAGUUUAAUAAUAUCCAAAAUAGAGGGACUAUUCCAUCAAAAUUUUAUGGAAAUAAAAAAUCUGUUAAUGUUAUUGGUCAACAAUUAUUACAAGAAAGAGCUCAAAGUGAUGCUGCUGCCGUUGCAGCUGCUGCUGCUUCAAUAAGUGAAAAAUCUGCAAAUCCAUCAAACAAUAACAACGCUGGUGGUGUUACUAACAAUGCUGCAGCUGCUGCUGCGCAACUUUUACAUGGUGGAAUUGUUGGCUUUCAGAAUCAACUUCAAAUGAAUCAAUUGGCAGCACUUAUGGCUAAUCAGCAAAGCCAACAAAAUGCAAAACUUGCAAGUCUUUCUAAUACGGGAGUUGAUUCAUCAACUGAUUUGAGUUCAGGAAAUGUUGGAGCAGCAGGUAUUAUUAUUUUGUUAUCUGAAAAUAAUUUUUAUAGUCCAACAACUUCGUUCUUCUUCUCAACAAAAUACAACACAGCAACAAACACAAUUAACAGCAAUGCAACAAUUAUUGUUACAACAACAACAGCAGCAACAAUUAUCUGUUGUAAUUGCUGCCCAACAACAGCAGCAACAACAAGAACAGCAACAAACUGA